UAGAUUGUUAGUCCAGCAGCAACUGGAUCCUUGACGGGCGAUGUUUGCCAGCCGUGGAGCCAGCGGUGGAGGCAAAGGAGGCGGUAAAUACUCUGUGGAGGACCUCUAUGGCAUCAGCAAGAAGCCCAAGGCGUCCACCUCCUCCGGGAGCAUCGUGGCCAAGUCUGGGACCCGGAGCGCCAAGGCCACGGAGCAGAGGAGAGAGUCGGAGGCCUUCGCCUCUCAGAUCCUGGAGGCGGCGCACAGGCUGGUGGAGCGGCGGCGCCUGGAGCUGUUCCUGAGGGAGUACGGCUUGUCCCUGGCCGAGUGCGAGGCCGGGCGCGCCGCCAUGACGUACAGAAACCUUGGAAAAUCAGGCUUGCGUGUGUCCUGCCUUGGAUUAGGCACCUGGGUGACAUUUGGAUCGCAGAUCUCUGACGAGAUGGCUGAGAACCUCAUGGCCAUAGCUUAUGAAAACGGGGUGAAUCUGUUCGACACAGCAGAGGUGUACGCUUCUGGAAGAGCGGAAAUCACUCUAGGGAACAUUAUCAAGAAGAAAGGAUGGCGGCGCUCAAGUUUUGUCAUCACAACAAAAAUCUACUGGGGAGGCCAAGCAGAAACAGAACGAGGACUCUCCAGAAAGCACAUAAUUGAAGGUUUACGAGGAUCCUUGUCGAGACUGCAGCUAGAUUAUGUGGACAUAGUUUUUGCCAACAGAAAUGACGUCAACAGUCCAAUGGAAGAGAUUGUCCGAGCCAUGACGUUUGUAAUAAACCAGGGUAUGGCCAUGUACUGGGGAACCUCACGCUGGAGCACCAUGGAGAUCAUGGAAGCGUACUCAGUGGCACGCCAGUUCAACCUGAUCCCGCCUGUGUGUGAGCAGGCAGAGUAUCACUACUUCCAGAGGGAUAAAGUCGAGGUGCAGCUUCCUGAACUCUACCACAAGAUCGGGGUGGGGGCCAUGACCUGGUCUCCUCUUGCUUGCGGACUGAUCACGGGGAAGUACAGCGAUGGCGUUCCAGAGUGCUCCAGAGCAUCGAUGAAGGGAUACCAGUGGCUGAAGGAACGGGUGAACAGUGAGGAGGGUCGCAGGCAGCUGGCUAAAAUCAAGGAGCUCCAUCUACUGGCAGACAGACUAGGCUGCACCGCCGCACAGUUAGCCAUAGCUUGGUGUCUGCGCAGCGAAGGAGUCAGUUCCGUCCUUCUGGGUGUUUCGAACGCAGAACAGCUUAUCGAGAACCUGGGUGCCCUUCGGAUUUUAUCUCAAAUGACCCCGCAGACCAUCACAGAGAUCGACGCCCUGCUGGGAAACAAGCCACAUGCCAAGAAAGAGUCCCGCGCUUGAAGCUGCGAAUUGAAGUGACCGAACAAAAACUCUGGGAAUCGGCACUUUUUGCUCUGCUCUAUACUCAACUUGCAUGUUCUCCGCAACAUUACGCUUCCAGUAUGUGCGCACAAUCAUUCUGCGCAGUAAAUUUUACCAUGUAUUUAAAAAAAGAAAAGUGGAACAUAUCUCUUAAUUAUGGGAAGAAAAAAAAAAAGCUCUAUCGACCAUCGUCCGUUGAUCGCAGAUGAUCUAGAAGCCGACUAAUGCUGAGCAGAGUGACGGAAACACAGAGGGAUUCAGUUGGACUCUUGGUAGUCAAACG